UGACAGGACCUUUUUUGACACUAAAUGCAAAGCCACAGAGCAAGCCCAACAGAGACGAAUUUCAAUAAUGUAUUUAGCAUAAUUUUUUUAGAUUCCCUUGGCCUAUUGUUUUUGCAUUUAAUGAUCAAUAUUUCGUCAAUUUGUAAAUACUAUCCUCAGUGGUUUUCUGUACCAACACCUUUGGAAGCGUUCCCUGGAGUAGCCCAAGGUCCGCCAUGUUGUUGUACGGAUUCAUGCAAGUUUAGUGGAGAGUGGAGAGUGGAAGCGGUUGGAAGUCUAGGUCACACUCACAACCAAGCGACUUUGUGGACUAUUCUGCUGCCAUCAUGUCGUUAAACGCAUACCGGUUGAUUCGUGGUACUUUAGGGUGCAUCUUUUGUCAACUCAUUCGUUGAUUUAUUUCCUAGAGCAUUUGUGUAGCUUCGAUAGAACUUCAUCUUUCUAGUCAUCUCCCAAGCACAAACCGAUAGCUGCAUGGAUGGAGUCAGGAUGAGGUUGACUGUGAUUUCGAGGGGGUAAAUAACACACAUUUUGCGCCGAAAGAGAGAAACGGUUGGAAAUACAAACUGAGACGCAUGUGACAGAAGGACGUGGAUUUUUAAAAGGAUCUGGUGGAGAACUGUUUCCCAGAGCGCAGACUUUUAUAGGAACGUGUCUGAUUGGGUCCAUGUUCCCUGGGUGCUUGUCUUUGCUUGGGAAAUGCCUGGAUGUUCAGGCUGGCUACUUCUGUUGUGGAGAGCAAUGACAGCAAUGCACAAUGUGAACACUGGUCUGGAAGUUUCCACAAGGACUUUUCAUCUGCAUGGUUUCACAAAAGGUGAAGAAUAUAAAAAGGUUUUGAGACGCCAGUAUGGGCUGCAUCGAGAGUAAAGAAGACAAAGGUCCCACUAUGAAGUACCGACCGGACACCACCCCUGCCUCCGAUCCCAACACAGCCACCCCGCACGUGGGCCACUACGGGCCGGACCCCACCCAGCUCCAGCAGAACCAGGCCCCUCCCUCGUCUUCGGGCCCGGCCGCCGGCUUCAACAGCCACGUCAUCACGCCGUUUGGAGGAGCCUCAUCCAUCAUGACGCCGUUCGGAGGGGCGUCGUCCUCGUUCUCGGGUCCCAUCCCGACCGUGUCAGGUGGGGUAACCUUUUUUGUGGCCUUGUACGACUAUGAAGCCAGGACUUCCGACGAUCUGUCCUUCAAGAAAGGAGACCGCUUCCAGAUCAUAAACAACACAGAAGGGGACUGGUGGGAGGCUCGCUCCAUCAACACAGGGAAGAGUGGCUACAUCCCCAGCAACUAUGUGGCUCCUGCCGACUCCAUCCAGGCUGAAGAGUGGUACUUUGGUAAAAUGGGCCGUAAAGACGCUGAGAGGCUGCUAUUGAAUCCAGGAAACCAUCGAGGCACCUUCCUGGUGCGAGAGAGCGAAACUACUAAAGGGGCUUACUCUCUGUCUAUAAGAGACUGGGAUGACACCAAAGGGGACAACGUGAAACACUACAAAAUCCGCAAACUUGACAACGGAGGUUACUACAUCACCACUCGGGCGCAGUUUGAUACGCUACAGAAACUUGUUAAACACUACACUGAACACGCUGACGGCCUGUGCCACCGGCUGACCACGGUGUGUCCCACGGUGAAGCCCCAGACCCAGGGCCUGGCCAAGGAUGCCUGGGAGAUCCCCCGCGAGUCCCUCCGCCUGGAGCUCAAACUGGGCCAGGGCUGCUUCGGAGAGGUCUGGAUGGGCACAUGGAACGGUACCACCAAGGUGGCCAUCAAGACCCUGAAGCCAGGCACCAUGUCCCCCGAAGCCUUCCUGCAGGAGGCCCAGAUCAUGAAGAAGCUGCGCCACGACAAGCUGGUGCCUCUCUACGCCGUGGUGUCUGAGGAGCCCAUCUACAUCGUCACAGAGUACAUGGCCAAAGGAAGUUUGCUGGACUUCCUGAAAGAAGGCGAUGGCAAAUUCCUGAAACUUCCUCUGCUGGUGGAUAUGGCAGCACAGAUCGCUGACGGCAUGGCGUUCAUCGAGAGGAUGAACUACAUCCACAGGGACCUACGCGCCGCCAACAUCCUGGUCGGAGACAAUCUGGUGUGCAAGAUCGCUGACUUUGGUCUGGCCAGACUCAUAGAAGACAACGAGUACACAGCCAGGCAAGGAGCCAAGUUCCCCAUUAAGUGGACCGCCCCCGAGGCUGCCCUGUACGGGCGCUUCACCAUCAAGUCUGACGUCUGGUCCUUCGGUAUCCUGCUGACAGAACUGGUCACUAAAGGCAGAGUGCCCUACCCAGGCAUGGUAAACCGGGAGGUGCUGGAGCAGGUGGAGAGGGGGUACCGUAUGCCCUGCCCCCAGGGCUGCCCUGAGUCCCUCCACGAGAUGAUGAAGGUCUGCUGGAAGAAGGACCCGGACGAGAGGCCCACCUUCGAGUACCUGCAGUCCUUCCUAGAAGACUAUUUUACAGCUACAGAACCACAGUACCAGCCUGGGGACAACCUAUAGUCAGAGCGGACUGCAGCACGGCCUAAACACUCUGUGUAUGCCUCUGUCCUGAAUUGCGGACUAGUUCUUGAGAAGAGGAGGGAACACUAUGAAUGAUGUACUGAGAGCUCUAGAAAGCUAACUGGAAGCUGUCCUUAUGAGUUGCACAUACCACUACGUUUCAUGUUUGUUUGUUUUUUUAAGUACAACAAAUGUACUUUAUUUUCCAUUUAUUUUCAAACACAAGUUCCACUGUUUGUUUAGGUACUACUUGUCUUCUAUGACCAUAAAAGUUUCCCUUGUUUAAUUUUGUUGAUACUUUCCUGAAGUGACCAAUCAGUUUUUUGUUGUGUUUCUGAUGUUGUUAAAUCAUGGAAGAGGCAUAUGACUUAGGUGGCUCAGCUAGGCUCUUUGGAUGAAGAGCUUUUUGAAGGUUCGAAAAUGAACAUUUUCUAUUUUGUGUUCCAUUCUGUGCUCACUGCAUUUUAUCAGUUCGACUGGAAUCUUUCUUUUAUUUUCUGUUUAUCUGAAUGGGUGACAUUAGUGAUGCGUGUAGACUGAGGGUUUGGUUUGUACGUCAGCUCAUUUUUUUUUAUUUUACUUUUAAUAAGAUAAGACUGUUCAUUUCAAAAAAGAAUUAUAGCUUUCUGUGAAGUCUCGUCAUCUGUUUUUCUGCUAGCUUCCAAACUUGUUCAUAACAUUAACAGCAGUUUUUUCCCCAGGCCUGUCACAGAUGGUUGCUAGGUCAAGUUCCAUAACUUCUUGAAUUCACUCCAGUGAAUGAGCCUUGUGAGACUGAAGCUGUCUCUAUCACUGUGAGCCUGCUGAAUGUUCAGCUGUAAGCUGACUCAACCUAAACCAACCAUAACCGCGGCGGUGACAGCCACUCAACGGUUGUUUCUACACAUAUCAUGACACGACUACAUGACUUGUGGUGCUUGAGAAUUUAUUUGAAAAUAAGGCGAGAGAAAUACCUUUAAAGUCCAGAGCUGUUAACAGACCCACCAAAUAUAGCUGUGGUUGUUUGUUGUGAAUACCCCAAGGCAUUGUGGUCUGUAGUCUCCAGGCUUUACAUCUGCAGUCUUAAACAGUGGUGGCCAAGCCAAUGGCCUUAUAUUGACCAACUUCGAGUUAUGUCCACAAAGGAGACAUUGCCAAAGUACCUGAAAACUGUUCUUCUGUUUUACUUAUUGAAUGGAAACAAUUGUGAAAUCAAACCAGUGGCAAAGAUAAAUAUUUAUAUUUCUUUUUUUUAUGGGUCAUUAAGAAAACAUGUAAACCAGUACAAACAAAUUGUGCAAUUAUAAUUUUUUUAUACUGAGUGUCACCUAGGUGUCAAAGUUGUUACAUGUCACUUUUAACUUUAACUUUCGAGACUCAAGUCAGUACGGUAGCCUGUGUGAUUGAGAAUUAUCUGCAGAUGGUCCAAUGAUUUAAUUUAAGGGCUUUGUACAAAGUUGUGAAAUCAUCUUUUGUUUAGAAUAUGAAGAAAAUUGCGAUGCCAUGUUCUAUGGUGGUAUAGUGAAGAAAUAACUACGGUUUGAAUACGAAUCUGAGGAAUUUGUACAGUUGAAAAAUAAAACAUUUCUGAUUUUAAA